CUUGGACGGAAGUGACGAAUGUAGCCCAAAAACGUGACGAUAAUACAACAAGGAAGUGGAUAUUUAUUAAAAAGGAAAAUUAGUUAUCUUCAGAUAGGAAACGUUUUGAAUUAUCAAGUACAUUUUUGUCGAUUUUUGAUGUUUCGAGAGAUAUAGUUAUCUUGGACUAUAGUUCGUCGUAUCGUGGAUCCAUAUUCACUCAAGCAAUGAACACAGACGUUGAAUUCCACAUUAGGCAGAAUUAUCCGUGGAACAAGCUACCAGCAAAUGUCAAACAGAGUGUUGGGAACUCGCAGCGUGAAUAUGAGAAACAUGUGCAGUUGUACAGUAUCCGCAACCAGCUAAGGUUCCGCAAUAACCUAGUGAGACACGUGAGGAAGGAUGAGAGGAAGUACUAUGAGGAGCUGCUGAAGUACAGCCGAGAUCACCUGAUGCUCUACCCCUACCACCUGUCAGACAUCAUGGUCAAAGGCCUCCGCAUCACCCCCUUCUCCUACUAUAUCAGCAUCAUGGAGGACAUCAUGAACGUAGAGAAGAGUUACGACUCGCUGCCCAACUUCACUGCUGCUGACUGUCUAAGACUGCUGGGCAUCGGGAGGAACCAGUAUAUUGACUUGAUGAACCAGUGCAGGUCUUCCAAGAAAUUCUUCCGUAGGAAAACGGCGCGAGACCUGCUCCCCUCCAAGCCAGUAGAGAUCUCUGUAGAGCCGUGGUGGGUGGCUCAGACCGGAUACAUCACAGAGGAUGACAUCAGGAUCUGUUCGGUGGCAGAGAGGAAGGCGAUUGAUAAGAUGAUAGAUUCAGGACCCCAACUGGCUGGAUCAAUGGAGUACAAUGUGGUGCUGAGUCUGUACAACAGGGGAUACAUCUAUCUAGACGUGCCCAUCUCUGAUGACAGCUGCAUGUCAGUGCCCCCCCUGGAAGGCUUCGUGAUGAACAGGGUCCAGGGAGACUACUUUGAAACCCUUCUGUACAAAAUAUUUGUGUCCAUCGACGAGCAGACUAAUGUGUCAGAGCUGGCUAAUGUUCUGGAGAUUGACUUGGGCCUGGUGAAGAAUGCUGUGUCUAUGUACUGUCGCCUGGGUUUUGCCCUGAAGAAAGGAAGCUCGUUCAGCUCAGAGCAGCUCCACCCCACAUGGAAGACUGCCCCCUCUGUCAACAGACUGAAGGGCACAGUGGAUCCCAAACAGAUGCUGCUGUCGUGGGAACAGGGGAGUCCUGUGAUGGAGGCUGGAUCUUCGGCUACAGACACAGACACCACCAGCCUGGAUGACCAAGACAACACCAGUGUGAGCAGCCUGAGUAACCCUGGUCCUGCUGCCCCACCCACCAAGAGGAUCGCCUUCCUGUUUGACUCCACCCUCACCGCCUUCCUCAUGAUGGGGAACCUCUCUCCAAACCUGAAGAGCCAUGCGGUCACCAUGUUUGAGGUGGGGAAGCUGUCAGACGAGACCCUGGACAGCUUUCUGAUGGAGCUGGACAAAGUAGAGAGCACAGCAGAGGGCGAGGCCCAGAGGUAUUUUGACCACGCUCUGACCCUCAGGAACACCAUCCUGUUUCUCCGCUACAACAAGGAACUAACCACCGACCAGGGCCCAGACCUGCCUAACAACGGCCUCCCCCUGGAUAUGCUCCGCUGUGAGAGUCUGCUGGGUCUAGACCAGGCCACCUGCAGCCGUGUCCUCAACAAGAACUACAAACUACUGGUCUCCAUGGCACCGCUCAGCAACGAGAUACGACCUAUCAGCAGCUGCACGCCUCAGCACAUUGGGCCAGCCAUCCCCGAGGUGAGCUCCAUCUGGUUCAAGCUCUAUCUGUACCAUGUGACGGGCCAGGGUCCUCCCUCCCUGCUGCUGUCGAAGGGCUCCCGGCUCCGGAAACUACCAGAUAUCUUCCAGGUCUAUGACAGGUUGCUGAUCACUUCCUGGGGUCACGACCCUGGUGUGGUACCUUCGUCUAACGUGCUGACCAUGCUCAAUGACGCCCUCACACACUCCGCUGUACUCAUACAGGGCCAUGGGCUGCAGGGUCAUGGAGAGACAGUUCAUGUCCCCUUCCCGUUUGACCGGGAGGAUCUCAAAGGAGAGUUCUCCUCCUCCAACAUGUGUGUCCACAAGGCCCUGCUGCUGCUGAGGGAGAAGGUGGAUCUGGAGCACCAGUGUGGUUACAUCACCAUGCUCAACCCCAACAACAGGCACCGCAGGAGGGCCAGCGAGAGCUCCGACGGCAGGGGAGACAGUCAUCUGGGAGGUGGGUUGGAGGCCAACAGCAGCACGGAGUCCUUUGAGCUGGUCACAGAGGACAACAAUGGAGGAAAGCAAGCGGCAGAAGUGCCAUUGACAGAAGAUGACUGGGUCCCUCUAGAGCUGUGCUUUGGGAUGCCUCUCUUCAGCUCCGAGCUCAACCGCAAAAUAUGCCGAAAGAUCGCCUCGCACGGCCUCUGUAGCAAAGACAGCCUUCAAGACUUACUUCAUUCCAGCCGAACACUAUCAUUGAAGGUCCUGAGUUUUGUUCAGUCGUUCCAGGAUGGCAGCCAGGGUCAGCCCGACCCUGACAGUGGAGUGUCCGGUCCUCUCAGCCAGCCCCCGGCCGAGUCUGGUGUUCCGCUGCCCGCUCUAAACCUCAUCUUCAAGGAUGGACAGCUGAGGGAGUGGAGUGGACGAGCACCUCCACCCCUCCACAUCUCAGCCCUGCAGAAAGACCAGACCUUAUAGACCCCUCCACAUCUCAGCCCUGCAGAAAGACCAGACCUUAUAGACCCCUCCACAUCUCAGCCCUGCAGAAAGACCAGACCUUAUAGACCCCUCCACAUCUCAGCCCUGCAGAAAGACCAGACCUUAUAGACCCCUCCACAUAUCAGCCCUGCAGAAAGACCAGACCUUAUAGACCCCUCCACAUCUCAGCCCUGCAGAAAGACCAGACCUUAUAGACCCCUCCACAUCUCAGCCCUGCAGAAAGACCAGACCUUAUAGACCCCUCCACAUCUCAGCCCUGCAGAAAGACCAGACCUUAUAGACCCCUCCACAUCUCAGCCCUGCAGAAAGACCAGACCUUAUAGACCCCUCCACAUAUCAGCCCUGCAGAAAGACCAGACCUUAUAGACCCCUCCACAUCUCAGCCCUGCAGAAAGACCAGACCUUAUAGACCCCUCCACAUCUCAGCCCUGCAGAAAGACCAGACCUUAUAGACCCCUCCACAUCUCAGCCCUGCAGAAAGACCAGACCUUAUAGACCCCUCCACAUCUCAGCCCUGCAGAAAGACCAGACCUUAUAGACCCCUCCACAUCUCAGCCCUGCAGAAAGACCAGACCUUAUAGACCCCUCCACAUCUCAGCCCUGCAGAAAGACCAGACCUUAUAGACCCCUCCACAUCUCAGCCCUGCAGAAAGACCAGACCUUAUAGACCCCUCCACAUCUCAGCCCUGCAGAAAGACCAGACCUUAUAGACCCCUCCACAUCUCAGCCCUGCAGAAAGACCAGACCUUAUAGACCUCUCCACAUCUCAGCCCUGCAGAAAGACCAGACCUUAUAGACCCCUCCACAUCUCAGCCCUGCAGAAAGACCAGACCUUAUAGACCCCUCCACAUCUCAGCCCUGCAGAAAGACCAAAGUGUUUUGCCACCUUAAGUACGUGUUUCUGAUGGACUUUCCCUCCUCCUCAUAUUGUCCUAUGAUCAGAACCAACCCAACCUCCCUCCUCUUCCUCGUUUUGUCCAAUGAUCAGAACCAACCCCUCCUCCUCUUCCUUGUAUUGUCCUAUGAUCAGAACCAACCGAAACCCCUCACCCUCCUCGUCGUAUUGUCCUAUGAUCAGAACCAACCCAACCCCCCCUCCUCUUCCUCGUUUUGUCCAAUGAUCAGAACCAACCCCUCCUCCUCUUCCUCGUAUUGUCCUAUGAUCAGAACCAACCGAAACCCCUCCUCGUCGUAUUGUCCUAUGAUCAGAACCAACCCAAAUCCUCCUCCUCUUCCUCAUAUUGUCCUAUGAUCAGAACCAACCCCUCCUCCUCUUCCUCAUAUUGUCCUAUGAUAAGAACCAACCACUCUUCCUCAUAUUGUCCUCUGAUCAGAACCAAACCAUCCCCUCUUCCUCCUCCUAGUAUUGUCCUAUGAUCAGAACCAACCCAUCCCUUCUUCCUCCUCCUCGUAUCGUCCUAUGAUCAGAACCAACCACUCCCCCUCUUCCUCGUAUUGUCCUAUGAUCAGAACCAACCCCUCCUCUUCCUCAUAUUGUCCUAUGAUCAGAACCAACCCCUCCUCUUCCUCAUAUUGUCCUAUGAUCAGAACCAACCAACCCCUCCUCUUCCUCAUAUUGUCCUAGGAUCAGAACCAACCCCUCUUCCUCAUUGUCCUAUGAUCAGAACCAACCCCUCUUCCUCAUAUUGUCCUAUGAUCAGAACCAACCCAUUUCCUCUUCCUCAUAUUGUCCUAUGAUCAGAACCAAACCAUCCUUUCUUCCUCCUCCUCAUAUUGUCCUAUGAUCAGAACCAUACCAUCCCCUCUUCCUCCUCCUUGUAUUGUCCUAUGAUCAGAACCAUACCAUCCCCUCUUCCUCCUCCUUGUAUUGUCCUAUGAUCAGAACCAAACCAUCCUCUCUUCCUCCUCCUUUUAUUGUCCUAUGAUCAGAACCAAACCAUCCUCUCUUCCUCCUCCUUGUAUUGUCCUAUGAUCAGAACCAACCCAACCCCUCCUCCUCCUCCUCAUAUUGUCCUAUGAUCAGAACCAACCCAAUCCAACCCCUCCUCCUCCUCGUAGUUGUCCUAAGAUCAGAACCAAUCAAACCCUGCAUGAUACCACUGCACUAAAUAUUUCAGAAAAUUCUUUGUCAUUAACGUGUUGUUGCUUUCAUGAUAAAAUGUGGGGACUUUAAAUGUCACCGUGAGACUAGUGUGGUGCUCUUCUCUUCUAUAGCCUAUAGAUAGAUCCAUCAUACAGCAUGUUGACUCAAAACCCUGUUCCCUUUUCAUCCUAGUUUACUUUCACCCAUGCUGGUAUUGUUGUUGCUCGUGAUGACUCCCGGAGGAGCAGUUGGCUUUAGGUCAUCCUUGGAUCAGAAGAAAGCUUGACCUGAGCUUGUCUUUUUUUUUAAAGAAAACAAAUACUAUUUGAACCCAGGUCUGCUUGGGUUAUCCAGACAGCACCAAAGCCUGGACCUAAUCCCUCACAGAGAAGAACCAUAUUACAAUCUAAUCUAUCUAUGAUUCUGUUUAUUCAUAGUGGGAGUUUUUCCCUGUCAGAAUCUGUAAUGCCACUUCGGGAAUAGGAGUACAGUAUUACACUCAGUAUUACACUCAGCAGUACACUCAGUAGUAGUACACUCAGUAGUAGUACACUCAGUAGUAGUUCACUCAGCAGUACACUCAGUAGUUGUACACUCAGUAGUAGUUCACUCAGCAGUACACUCAGUAGUUGUACACUCAGUAGUACACUCAGCAGUACACUCAGUAGUAGUUCACUCAGCAGUUGUACACUCAGUAGUUGUACACUCAGCAGUACACUCAGCAGUACACUCAGCAGUACACUCAGUAGUAGU